UAAAUCUGCUCCAUGCUGAAUUCCCAGAGGGAGUCUGUCGUGUUUCCUCCCGUUCUUUAUCAAGCUCCCCAAAAUAAGUGGGAGUGGGCAGCAGGAGUAUUUGCAGUCUUUCCUUCUACUCACCUUUCCUGCUGAUUAAUUUAAGGGCCUGGUCAUAUCUAACAACGCACAAGAGAGUUUUGUGCCCACCUUGGUAUUGCUACUGGUGGUUCUGGAAAGGAAUAUGUCUGCAGGACACAGAAUAAUGACUAUGAAGCUUUUUGGAACAGUCCUCUUCUCUCUGGCUUUCUUCAGUUCGUGCAGUGGGGAUGUUGGUGCAGAGGGAACAUCUGGAAACAGUACAACUACUGCUCCUGAACCACCCAAAGGUAUACCAACUUCAGCACGGGCAGGCAGUGGAUCCCCUACAGUGGCUGGAAGUAUCACUAAACCUGCAGUUAAUAUCACAUUAAAUACAACUUCUCCAGCUACCACAACAACACAGCCAACCUCCAACAGCAAAACAGGACCAGCUGAAUCAUCAACACGGAAUCCUAUGGCUACUCCCAAACCUAAUUCAACUGUAGCAACAGCUGACAAAAGUAACACGACAACAGCUAGACCUGAUAUCCAAAACAGUACAGUGGGCACACCACAGAAAGCAACUGAAACUACACCUACAAACACCACAGACCCAGGAAGAGAUGGAGCUCUAUCUACUAGUGAUAAUGCUGCAAAAACAGACCAGGGAGGAAAGGAAGAUUCUUCUUACAGUAGUAUUAUUUUGCCAGUCAUCAUCGCCGUGAUAGUAAUAUCCCUCGCUAUUUUUCUUCUGAUGGCUUUGUACAAAAUAUGCUUGAAGACAACUCCUGAGAGGCAAGAAAAUGGAACUGAACAAGCCCCAUCUGAUAAAGAGAAUGUGAAACUUAUCUCUGUUAAGACGACUUCUCCAGAAACUGGUAUGUCCAGUCUCUUGACUCUUUCCUCAUAUGACUUGCCUUUAGACAUGUCAUUACCAUUGGAGUCCCUCAAACUAAUGAGAGCAGGCUUCUCAAGGGAAGAAUAAAACUCGUCAGCCUAAUGAUUCCUCUUCACACCCGAGCAACAAAUGUGUGUGAAGAAUUCCUGUUUCGUUCUUUACCCUGGAAGACAUGACUCUCACAACAGUGUGAAUCAGUGGCAUCUACAAACUUACAGGCAGAAUGUGCACACAAUUUUUUUUAUCUACAUUCCCAUUUUUUUCCUUAUAUGUCUGCUGUUUACUUUAGAAAUCUCUUGAAAUCUUUUCAAGAUUUUUUCCUUAUAUGUCUGUUUACUUUUGAGAAAUCUCUUGUAUUUUCUCUCAGUGUCUAUAUAACUGGUGUAUAGUACAUAUUUAUUAUUUUCUACUUAUCGUACAAAAUUAAUGUAAAAAACAUUUGAUGUGCCACUAAUGAUGUUGAUUUUGUAUAUAAAACUAUUUUCUGUCUUUAAUGGAUGAAAAAUGUUAACAUGUUUUCUUGUGCUUCCAAUAAAAUAAAAUCACACCAGAGGCUCAAAAAGUACACCAAAUAUAAGCACAGGGACAUAGUAGCCUGCAUUGUAACUUGCCUUUUGUGGUUCAGGGGAGACAACUGCCUCAGGCAGCAGGUUUGGGGUAUAAUGAAAGGGCAACAUUUUAUUAAUUAGAUAGACCAGUAUUCUACAUCAGCUAAUUAGUUAAGUGGCUAAAUGUAUGUAACUAAGCGCGUUACAGGCCGCCUAAAAGCGGCGGUCUGCUGGCGGCACCGGUUGCUAUGUCCGGGAAUCGCAGUGGCCAAACUGUGCGAUUCCAGGGCGCAGCCAAAAAGAAGCGCCAAAAUGGUGCUUCUUUUUGCACCCCAGAAGUGGCGCUGCAAGACGCCAAUCGUGCACUCGCAGCGUCACUUCUGCCGCGUGACAUCCGGACGCUACGCAUUCACGACGUCAACAUGGCGGCCCCCAUGUGGAAUGGGCACCGCCAUUUUGUGCACGCUCUGCACGUACUAGGGUUGGGGCGUCAGGAAGUGACGCCCCUUCCUAAACCUAGUACGCGCAGAGCGCGUACUUUAUGCCCAUCCGGAACAGGCCUAAGUAACUUCUUCUGGCCUGCCCACCCCACAGCUUGAUCAUUCAUCUGUGUGAUCUCAAAUACAGAACAGUUACAGACAAAUGAAUUUAGGUAACUGUUCCAUAUUCACAAUCGAUACAUAGUCAAGAUUGUGACAUUUUUGUUGUCAUCAUAAUUCCCCUCCCAUCCUACUGUACUGGGCAUCAGCUGCAUGGGGAGAAGGAGGUCCAUUCUACCAGUGAUCAGAGCAUGGAUAAAUGACAUUUUUAUGAGAGUUGGGGGUGGACCUAGGGCUUGUCUUCAUCAACCGCUCAGUCUGGAACAUUAUGCCCCAGACCAGCCUUUAGUAGGACAGCCCAUGAUGGUGACCACACACUCAGGGCCAAAUCUGGUGUAAUCCUGGGUGAUUGUGCACACAAGUCAGUUGUGUAAAGGGGAACUUUUUUCUGCAUGCUAAGGAAUGCAUGAAAAGAAGGUUUAGUCCCAUGGCAAGCAAAAUGCAGGCCAUGAGACAGAUAUGGUUGGAUUUGUGGCCUCCUGUGAGUUAAACAGGGUAGUGGGGACACUCUCUAGGGAAGAUGGGAACAAUCUGGCCACAUUUUUAACCCACCUGAUCAUUUUAGGCCCUGAAAAAACACUUUUAAAAACAGGAAGUGAAUUGGAAGGAGAUGGUUGGAGGGUUUUUUUCUCAGCAGGGGUGGUGUAGUCCUUUACAUUUGGAGGCAAUGUGGUCUCCUAAUCCCAGAUAGUUACCCUGGUUUAAACGAAUGGUUUGCAGAAGGCCUUGAUUCAUAUCAUUGUAGUGGGGGGGAAAACAAAUGGAUAGGAAAAUACUUUGCACACCUUUAAUGGACACUGGACACAGAGAUGAUUCAACCUGAGUAAUAAAUACUGAAUUGAAUAAUAUUCCUCACACUUCAUCACAUGGGAAACAUCAAUUGUGGCCCUGUUGGUGCACCCAGAGUUCAGUUUCCUGUUAGUAAUACAUUUUAAUCCUUUUUAAAAUUGGAAAGCUUCUACAGAGUUAGAGGUAAUAAAUUUUGUUUUAUUUACCGAUACAAGUAAUGCAUAAAUAUCAAUGAACAGAUCGGUAUGGGUUGAUUUAUCAUCUUGCAUGAAAGG